AUGGUCCAGACAAGUGACUUGGAAUACCCAGCCAAUCGUAGAACCAUUUCAGUGGCUCGUUAUAAAUACAAUUCAGAAGGCGUCACUGCAGAACUUGCAGUUAUGAAAAGGGCAGAGCUGCAAAAUGUUAGCUGUGAAAAUGCCCACUGUACUUGGGACAAGGACCAAAGCACACUUGCUGGACUUCAAGAAUGUGACGAAUACAAGAUAGUAGCAUCUUUUAAUGGAUGUGAUGAUUUCACAUUAUCAGUUCAUGUCCCCCCUGAAACCGAUAAGUGGAAACUGGAAGAACCCAAAAAAAGUAACACCAGUGUGACUUUAUCUUGGAACAAUCGUGAAUAUGAUAAGCAUCGUUGCCAUUUAAGAUAUUACUGUCGCUGUCUUCCUCAUGGUAAGAAUUUUCGGACCACUGAAGAGCAGAAUGGUUGUAUAGUGACAGGUUUAUCACCCAACAAGAACUACAGUUGUAAAUCAGAAAUAUCGUUUAAUGGCAAAAAUGUGAAAACUGGCAACAAACAGCUAACAACAGAUUAUGGAAAGCCAACACCAGUGAGAGAACUGCAAGUCGACCCGUUAAACCAAGAAAUCAGUGCUGUUAAGAUCAAGUGCAGGGAGCCAGAACAAAUAAAUGGUCCUCAAGAAGAAUAUCAUUUGUACUUCUUAGGCGCGGAGACCAUGAUUAAAGCUAACGAAAGCUGUUACUUUGAAGUUAUAAACCUCUGUCAUUCGACAACAUACCAGUUUAAGGUUAUUUUCUACAAUGGGAAAUAUUCCUCAGACCCUGUGAUCUCUGACCCAGUAAGAAGAGGACAUUAUGAAAACUAUGGGCCACAGAACAUGACAAUGAAUGUGGCUGAGCAGACAGAACCUCUAACAGGAAGCCAGAUGUGCACAUCAAUAAGAAGUCCAGACAAGAGUAUUGAGCAUAGAGAGGAAAAUGAAUUAAACGUAGCAUCCCUCCCAAUCUUUGCCCAAGGAUACAAACAGAGCCAGUGUCAGAAGUAA